UGCCUAUUAGAACACUUAGGGACACUUUUUACUUCGAACAAACCGAUUAAAUUAACUAUAACCGAACCGAAAGAAAACUUAUGGCAACAGAAAGGCCCACUACGUCAUUUGUUUGUGCAUUUCUUCUUCAUAUCCUCUUGUUUUUUCGGCUUAAUCAAAGAAAAAUGACAACCGCACUCACACACAGAAAACCUGUAACCAUCUUCACGGCGAGUGGCGUUGGCUGUCAACAAAGAUUAUUAUGACUGAAAACCUCUUAGCUAAAAACGAUAGUAUUAAAAAUUAAAUUUAACAUUGAUACUUGAAAAACGACAUACAGUUUCUGUUAGGUCAAACACAUUCCAGCAAUGACGGUGGUAGAAUUUUUCGGCUGCUCGUUCCUGGCUUUUGGACCUCCGUUGGCAAUGUUUUCGCUGACAAUUGCCCACGACCCAAUCAGGAUAAUCAUACUGAUAGCAGCUUCCUUCUGUUGGCUUGUCUCGCUGCUGCUAUCAUCCACCGUAUGGUUCGCUGUCUACACGUUGCGGGACAAGCUAGUGUUCGGUCUAAUAUGUUCCGUAUUCAUUCAGGAAGCCUUUCGAUAUCUCAUGUAUAGGCUGCUGCGCAAGACGGAACGUGGUUUGCAGGAGGUAACUGAAAUCGCUCGAAUAUCAGACUACAAGCACAUCUUGUCAUACGUCGCUGGACUAGGUUUCGGCAUUAUCAGUGGAGCAUUUUCGCUGGUCAACAUUCUGGCUGAUUCAGUAGGUCCAGCUACGGUUGGGUUGACGUCAGGGUCGAACAUUUUCAUUGUGAUUAGUGCAGCACAAUCUCUCUGCAUGAUCUUGUUGCACACCUUUUGGGGUGUGAUUUUCUUCAAUGCUUGCGAUUUGAAAAACUACUAUCAUAUCGCUUACGUCGUGGUCAGCCAUCUGUUUGUGUCCGGUAUCACGCUACUCAACAGCCAGGAACUGUAUGCCGUUUCGCUGAUCGCUUCCUACAUUGUGAUGAUGAUCACUUGUGUAAUUGCUUUCCGAGUGGUGGGUGGGAAUGUUGCUUCAUUUAGGAAGUUUGUCACUUGCAAGUAAGCAACGGUCGUCUUAUUUAUUUGAACUCUUAAUGUAUUACCUAUAAUGAUAUACCCAAAUAAACAAGUUAUUUUGAAGCUUAA